AUCUAUAAAUUUGUAAUUAAUGUUACAAAAAUAUUAGAAUAAUGGGAAAAUUAAAAAGUAGUUGAAAUUAGACAAAAAGACUAAGAAUUUUGUAAUUAAUGUUAAUAAUAAAUUAUCAAAAAGUUAAAAAAAUUAGAGAAAAUUAUCAGAAAAUGUUAAUGCAUUUGAUUAUCAUUAAUUGUAAAUCUUAUUUUUUUUUUGAAGAUGUCUGGACAUGGAAUAGGCAAACCGUACAUGAAUAAGAAAAGAAUGGAAGAAAAAACGGAAGGAAGAAUGGAAGGUCGUGCUUGUAGACUUACAGCGACCGGUAGAAAAGAAAAUGAAGAAAAAAAUCCACGUAAGGUUAAGGGGAAGAAGAAGAAGGCGGAAAUAGUGCGUCCCGACGGUCGCCCUACUAUGGGACAGUUAUCUCUUAGUCGAAGUACUACCUCCACCCCUACUCCUGAGGAUGCGACGCCGUGGGAGGCUAAUUGGAGUGAUUCGGUUUCUAUGGACGACGACGACGAUGAUGAUAAUGAUGAUGAUGAUGUGGUUGUUGAUGAGGUUGGGGAUGCCCCACCUGAAUCUGAUGUAGGCAUCGGUAAGAAGAGACGAGUUGGGACAUCUUCUACAGCUUCUUCGCACUUUCCACAGCGUGGGCUAGAUGGACGCUACGUUGCGAGACGUAGUAGUGAGGAAGACGGUGAUGGUAAGAAGAGGAAGAAGGGAGUAAGGGGGGACAUGUCGUGGCGUCUGACAUCGGAGUCUCAGAUGUGUUCAGGUGGACCUGUGAUUCCCGAUGUGAUCCCUAGCUUUGGAGGUCACAUUGCCUUUGCACUGUGGACUUCCCCAGCACAGGAUCGUGGGUUGUUGGAUUGUUGUCAUAGAUCUGGUACUGUGGAGUCUUUGAGGAGGUAUGAGUGGAGUUCAGAGGGUUCUCAGAAGGUGGUUGAGGGCACAGGAUUGUCCCACUUGGCAGGCUGUAUGAUGCAGCAUUUAGAUACAGCUUUGAUAACGGCAUUUGUGGAGAGAUGGCAGCCGGACACGAACACCUUCCAUAUGCCAUUUGGAGAGAUGUCAAUCCCACCGGUGUCAUGCCAACAAUCUCAACCCAUGGAAACUCAUACUUGUUGGUCUUGUAUGUUGCAUCUAUCACAAUGACAUGGUGCCAAGCUCGCAACAUCAAUAUUGACUCAAGGUGGGCUAGGAACAAGUGUGUAAGCACGUUACGGUCAUUCACAUACUGCAUAUAGUAACCCUUCUCCAGAGCAUCUUGAAAAGUGUACUGUAAGGCCGUCCUCUGACCAAGCUCUUCUUUUCUUAUCUUAUACAAUGCGUUAGAAAUCUGUCUUUUGUUCACCUUUCCAUGCUCCCCUUUUCUCUCGUUCACUGCCUUGUGGAUAUUCCUUGGGGCGACACCGGCUAAUCUCAGUUGUCUGAUGUAUUGCUUAUCAUCUUCGGUCAAAACAUUCCUCUUACUUGAUCCAUUCGGAAAUAGCUCAAGCGGAUGAUUGUGAAAACCCAAAUUAGCACCAGGAUUCUUUCUAUUAGCCACUGCUAGUAUCAACCAAUAUCCAUCAUCUGACCGCUCAAUCUUGAUCUGAAAUUCACACCCCAACUUUCCAGAAGAAGUAAGAGGCCUCCUUUCCUUAGCCGGAUCAGAAUCAGGAUCCUUCGAAUUUUUCUUCCUACCAUGAGUGCACUUCAAGUAUCGUCGCCUACUAUCUUCACUUGGAUUUUUUUUAUUUGAUGCCUUCACCAAAUAAAACCCAAAACCCUUGGCAAUCUCAGUAGCUGCUGCAUAUGCAAUCAAAUCUGUAUCGUAUU